UAAUAUCUGCAAGGGGCAAAUUGAUGAGAGAAAAGGAAUGUUAUAUCACUAACCUCUUAGCUAGGCUACUAGCAUUCACAUUUCUCAUACAAACAAACAGAAAAAUAUUGAGAGAUGGCUUGUGUUGCUUUAGCUUCUCUGAUUGCAACAAUCAAGCUUGAGUUUCUACAACCCUUCCCAAGAGUCCCUCUUCUUCUUCAUCAAGAACCAAUAAUCCAUUCUUUCUUGGGAAUGAUUUCUUCUUUGCAAGCCUUUCUGAAGGAAUCCAGGGGUGCUGCUGCAAUCAAGGAAUUGGAAAUCCAAAUCAGAGACUUUGCACUCAAAGCCGAAGACAACAUCGAAAUUCAACUAAGCAACUUUGUGUUGGCCAAAGACAAAGAGGAUGAGGAAAAAGCUUCCCAGCAACUCCAUCAAGCCUUGCAAGAAGCAGCAGAAAACGCAUCAGAGUUGUUGAAUAUUAUCGACAACAUAAGAAAUGAAGCGGAUGAUGAUGAGGAGAAUGAAAUUCAACCAUCAAUUCAUUGGCUAAAGCGUUCUUAUUCGGAGUUUGAGAAUGAUAAAUUUGAUGGAUCCUCACAGUGGUUUCCAGAGCUUGUGGGCGGAAUAAUGGUCGGUCGUGAGCGUGAUCGUGAAAAGAUAAUCAACAAUCUCAUCCCAAACUCUCAUUAUAAUAAUAUCUUCCCACCGGGCUACUCCUACUUCCCACCCUCUCUUAAUAAGAUAAAUUUGGUGUUCAUCGUUGGGAUGAUGGGCAUUGGAAAGACUACUUUAGCUAAAAGUGUGUAUGGAGAUCCAAAAGUUAGAAGAUUAUUUUGA